CUGAUCACCCAAAUUUGCUACUGUGUAAAACAGCAUCACUUCAGACCUAUACAUUCUUAGAUGUAUACAGAGACAUAUAGCAUUUCAUACUCCUGUGAACACCUGUGAUAAUUUUUUUAAACAAUAAGCAUUGAAUUUUCAAAAGUUAGGAUAUGAUGGCCAAAUAUGCUUGAAUAGUAUAAUUACAUUUUGUAGUUGCUGUGGACAAAAAGCUUGUGAUUAAUCUUAUAUUGAUGUAAAUUUAAUGCUCCGCAUUUGCUGAUCUCCACCAUUGCUGCCUAUGUAGAUGGAGGGAACACCUGACAGUUUUAUAGUGAUGUGAGUAAUGUCUUUAGAGAAUAUCCUGUUUUGUUGAAGUGAACUUCUCAAUGUUUGAUCUACUGUUCAUGUGGGACUGUGAUUAUUAUACUGUAAACAUUCAAAAGACAAACAGUCAUAGGAGAGAAGAAGAGAGACAAAACGUCAUUCAUUGUCCCAUUCCUAGAACAAUCACUCAAACUGACCCCAUAUGCCAUUUAUAAAUGAAUUUAACUUCAUUCAUUUUAACAGUUAUGUCUCAGAGAUCAAGAAAUACUAAAAUGAAUUACUAAUAUAAAAAUAAAAUGACGUGUGCUGAUUACUAUAAUUUACUUAAACUUUUAUGGUUGAUGUGUUUAUUUUGUGUUAAACAUUUUUGACAUGUUCUACAUCUCUAACAAAACUCUACAUUUUUACAUAAUACAACUACAAGUGACAGGUCUCAAGACACAAAUCUGACCUUAUAUGAACUAAACAUUAAUAAAUGUGUUUAAAUGAAUAUUUGAGAGCAUUUUCUCCUCAAUUCAAUCCAGCAAAAUUGUUUUGAUUCUCACAUAUUCAUACAUUUAAUGUGUCAUAUAUCAGCUUAGAACAUCAGAAACUAAAUAUAGUGAGAUGGACAAAUUGGCACUUUUUCAAUUAUUCACACUUAAAAAUGGAAUGUUGCCUUUAGCACCACAGUAAACUCAGUACUUCUUCUAUUAAGUGGAAAGAUUUGACUUCCAUUCAGAAGAUUCAUAUGGCUAGAUUUAUAAAAUAUGGAGUAAACAGUUUUGUUCCCCACAUUGUUGAAACAUGAAAGAAGCUUCCAAAUGUCCUACACCUUAAUUUAACCUAAAUAUAACCUCAACACAUCAAAUUAAAAUAAAAAACAUGCUGGAUAUCACAGUACGCAAACCUAAACAGUGAUGAUUGCUGCCCAACUGUUAGAUCAUUAUCAUAGAGGAUAAACCUCUCAGAUGUGUCUGUAAACAUACAGUAGUACCCUUUCAAUCCUCUGAUCAGAUUGCACACUGACCUAUAUGGAGGGCUAUGUUAAGAAGCUCAGGUUUCAGCUUCUAAGUUAUUAAUUUCAGCUGAGCCAUGUCUGCCACCAAGUCACAGAUUCGUGUAAAGAGUAGCUCUGCAUGCUUUCUGGGCUUGAUCUUCUAUGCUGGCUGUCAAUCGCAGGACCUUGACAUUUGUACAGUAACUAGCAAGAUAGAUUGAUUGUCUUGGUCCAGAUUUGAAUUAGACACAGUUUCCUUGAGAUGAUCAGUACAGAGCUAACUUUAUAUAGCUGGUGCCCAUCUGCAUCAUCUGUGUGAUUCAACAAACUUAUUUUGUAACAUUUAAUUUCAUUUUGUAACGUCCUUUCGAGAGUUUCCAUGCAUUGGAUUGCAUUCCUGACAAGUCUAUAAUUUUGUUAAGUUUAGCUUCCUACUGUACCAUGGACAAUUCAUUUACACUCAUGUCCAUUUGCUAUUAUCUAUUUAUAUUCUGAGUUUCAGUAAUACAUUUGUCUGCACAUUUUAAACUCAGUUCAAACCUAAAAUAUUAGCAGUCGAUCAACAUACAUAUAACACCAUUUCCUUUUACAUCAUGAAUGCAUCAUGAAUAACAAUCUUGUGUGUGUGUGUGUGUGUGUGUGUGUGUGUGUGUGUGUGUGUGUGUGUGUGUGUGUGUGUGUGUGUGUGUGUGUGUGUGUGUGUGUGUGUAAAAAAUUUUUGCUAAUUGACUUUAUAUAUAAUUUCAUCUAAAAUUGUUGAUCUUGGCUUAACUGUAGAUUAAUGUCAUGGGCAGUAAUUUGAUGAUUAGGAAAUGUUUGUUUUAAGCAUGUAAUUCAACAAAUCAAAUCAAAUGAAAUAAAUAUUCUAAAACAAACAAAAUAAUAAUUUGAAAUCCAUUGAUGUGAGUGCUACAGGUAUUGUCAUACAUUUUAAGUUGGAUAAAUAUUUUAGUUCCCAAGAACAUUUUUGUAUUCAAUGACUCCAAGAUCUAAGGUUUCAGUGAUGUAACUACAGCAAAAUACAAAACAAACAAACAAACAAACAAACAAAAAAAACAAUGAGCAACCAAUUGUUUGUUUAGUUAGGGAUCUCCAAAGGUAAAACUUUAUGUUAAAUCCAGACCCUUAACUGCCUUCUCAUAAGGCGGGGUAAAUCUUUGAGAAAAAAGUUCAUAUCUAAGUUGAAGAGAGUGAAAAUACUGUUGUGAACCAGAAAAGUGAAUAGUAAACAAUAUACAUCCAGACAUAAAGAUGCCCCAAUUCCAGAUUUCAACAAACAACAAAUUGUCACUAGAGAUUUUUUCUCUCUCACAUACAGUAAUGAGUUGCAAGUGUACAAAAUAUUGAAGUUCAUGCUGACAAGGCUUGCAUCAAAUUACACGGAGGUAAGAGAAAUAUGAAGCAUCUAAAAUUAUUGUGUAUGUGUGUUUGGUAACCUGUAGAGAAAAUACAGCACCUAUUUGUCAAAGACCAGGAAAACAAUUGACAAAACCAGAUACUGAUUGUCACCAUGACUACAGUAGGCCACAAGAUGUGCUGCUAUAUGUCUGUUGGGCAGUACAGGGCAGAGAAUAUCUUGACAAAGUAGAUAUAAUAAGGCAUUGCUAUCUUGACAGUUAAUCAGAUUUUUUGCUAUAUGACAUUGGUUACUGCACUGACUACUACUACUAAUAAUAAUCUCCCUUUUGCCACCUGGGAUUCAAUCUUCAAAGAUCCAUAAACUAUGGGCUUUGAGUACAAGACAAAAACCAUGACAAUGGACCAUACUGUGGCAUACACAACAACACAAGACCAAUUCAACAUCAAACACUUGACAGACCGACACUGAAACUUGGGAUUUAUGUAAUUGUGAUAAUCAGAAUUAGGCACGAGUUCAAGUGAUUAGGACGUCAUGAGUUGAUACUGAUAGGAAAUGUUGUCAUGGCACGCGGCAUGUUUCCCCUGUGCUUUCCUCUGUGUACUCGUCCAAAGACAUGAAUUGUAGGCUGAUUGACGUCUCUAACCUGUCCAAGGUGUGUGAAUGUUUGUGAAAAUGUGUGUGAUUGACCUCUGCAAUGGGAUGGCACUCCAUCCCAUCCAUCCACCACCUUGUGUUGGUGCCCAAGUGCCUCGGGAAAGGCACUAGGUUACCUGUGACCCUGCAUAGAAAAAGCAGCAGAGAAAAUGUGUGGAUGGAUGGAAGUGGCUGCCAGAAGAGCCACCUCAUGCCCAUUUCUACAUUAUGAGUUAAAUGUUUAAUUAUUUAAAGGUAAACUAGAUGGCUUUGUUGAAAGUGGCUGUCGUCAAAGAUAAGAUCUUUUAUUUUAGGACACAUCUGUUAUAUUGUUGUGUACUUUUGACUAACAGCACCUUGAUUAGAUUUAUAUCUACAUCUAGAUCUCAGCCAUUUGACCUAAGAUGGGAGGAGAAGGAUUACACCAUGCGCACAAACACAGUGUACAUGCACUGCCUUACAGGACUGCACUUGCUCUUACUUAAUCCUUGUCAUAUGUGACAUUUUUGGAAGGAAUUAUUCUUUUCGAACUCGUUUAAAGUAUUUUAGGUGAGUGUCCAGGCAAAUAUUUAUUUCACAAAAGGAUAUCAAGAAUGCAAAAAGUUCCCUCAUCUGUUCGACUAUUACGGGAGUAAGAACAAAUCCAAAUGGCAGAUGUGAGAGUAUUUACAUUUUUCAUGCUUUUGUUUGGCUUACAAGUAUCACUCAUCUUACCAUUUCAAGCUGAACAAGCCUGUCUGAUAUCUGCUGACUAUCGCACUGCAGACUGCCGAGGCCAGCGACUGGAUAAAGUGCCUGUGGGAGAACUACCUUCUUCCAUUGAGAUCGUAGAUCUAUCUUAUAACUUUCUACAGUUUAUCAGAAAGGAUGAUUUCAUUGAACUGCCUCUCCUCAGAGUCCUCUGGCUUCAGUUUAACAAUAUAUCAUUGAUUGAGGAUGAGGCUUUUCUCAAAAACCUACUACUGGAAGAAGUAAAUCUGUUCAAUAAUUCACUGACUACUAUUCCAUCAAUAGCCAUUGCACCACUCAGCAAGCUGAGAAUUUUAGAGCUUGCAAAUAAUCUCUACACUGAGUCAACACUGGAUCAUGUGUUUUUGAAUUUCAAUAAUUUAAAACUGUUGUCUUUGGGUGGUCCUGUACUCAGCCUUUUGAGAAAUGGGGAUCUUGAUGUGUUAUCGAAUAUAUCUCUGGAGAGGAUUGCUAUUAAAACUGCUUCUAGCUUGGACAUUUAUGAUCCAGGAUAUCUCAAGAACAUCCAGACCGCAAACUUGUGGAUGAAUAUAGCCGUAGAUAACAGGACACAGGCUCUUCCUCUAAUGCUAAAAGACCUUGAAAACAAAACAUUUGAAGCCAUUCGUUUCCGUAAUCUCUUUGAGUUUGAGUACUAUACUGACACAGAGGAUCUUUUCUAUGGAUUAAGGUUUAUAAACUCCAAGCAGCUGACCUUUCACCAUGGGAAAUUCAGUGAGGACCUGCUUAGAAUGGUUCUUGUGAAUUUAGAAAAAAGUAAUAUUAAAACACUAGGACUGUUCUUCAUUGACUUUGCCCGGUCACAAACAUUAGUGAGUAGUGAGGAGGGAUCCAGUAUGACAAACCUAACACUGGAUACGUUGGUUUUGUCGGAUAUCAGCAACCCAGGCAUCCUACGCUUUGACUGGACUUUUACAUGGUUGAACAACAUCCGUCACCUGCGCAUAAACAACGUGAAUUUUAACAUUGUACCCUGUGAUGCAUGGGAGGAGAUGAGAGGGGUUGAAAUACUUGAUUUAUCCAAAAACCAACUUAAGGACUAUUUCCUUUUUAACCAGCAAUGUGACUACACAGAUGUAAUGUCAGCACUUCACACUUUUAAUCUCAGCAAUAACAAACUGACCAGCCUUAGCUCCUUUGCAUCUCUUGCUGGGAACUUCAGAAACCUAAAGGUCAUUGAUAUCAGUUACAAUCAGUUUGGAUUUAAAGAAAACAGCCCCUGCUCUUGGAUACAGGACAUAACCACAGUCAUCGCUAACCACAACAGUAUGGUUAUUGACAGUUUCGAAUGUCUCCCAACUACUGUAUUGUACCUUGAUCUCUCCUACUGUAAUUUGGACCAGAUAGAUGUGAACUACUUCAGGAAAGCCAUUUAUCUGAAGGAGGUUAUCCUCAGUGGUAACAAAAUUAAAUUUAUUCCAUUUGAUUGGAAGAGCCAGAAUUUAAUGUCAUUGAGUUUGGACGGGAACUCUUUUGGGGUUAUUAGCAUGAGGUCUUUCAAAGGACUGCCUAAACUGGAGAAACUCAGAGCGGGUAACAAUCCAUACCACUGUACCUGUGAGCUCCAUGCUUUCAUACAGGAAACUGCAGUCAAGGGAAAAGUCAACAUCACAGACUGGCCAGAAAGCUACAAGUGUUACCACCCUCAAGACCUGGUCAAUACAAUGGUAUCUCAUUAUCUCCCUGGUCAGAUAGUGUGCGAUAUCAAGCUGGUCAUCAUAAUCUCUGUAGUCUCAACAGCAGGAGCUGUGCUAGCACUCAUGCUAAUAUGUUAUUUAUUUGAUGUUCCAUGGUAUGCUAAAGCUACAUGCAAAAUUCUCAUGUCCAAGUAUAGGUCUCAUAAGGAGGGACUAGCAGAUUCUUUGGACUAUACAUUUCAUGCCUUCAUUUCCUACAGCCACUCAGAUGCAGACUGGGUAAGGGAAGAGCUGUUACCAUGUCUGGAGAACUCCAAGCCCCCUUACCGUCUUUGCAUCCAUGAAAGAGACUUUAUGCCAGGAAAAUGGAUCAUUGAUAACAUAAUUGAGAACAUUGAAAACAGUCGGAAGGUUAUCUUUGUCAUCUCACAGCACUUUGUGAACAGCGAGUGGUGCAACUACGAGCUCUACUUUGCCCAGCAGCGAGCCAUGGGCAAGAACUUCAGUGAUGUCAUACUAGUGGUAAAGGAACCCAUCGAUCCAAACUCUCUGCCCAGCAAGUACUGUAAACUCAAAAAGAUGCUGAGCAACAAAACCUAUUUAGAGUGGCCUACACAACCCAAACAUCAAGCCUUCUUCUGGGCACAGCUAAGGAGUGUCAUGGGAAAACCUAUUGUCUCACAGCAGUUCUCAGCCUCCAUGCGGAAACGUUCCAUAAGAUUGAACACUCUGUCUGUGAUUGAGCUGGCCCAGGAGAAUCAGGGGUCUGCAGAUUCUGGGCCAAAGAUAGAUAAGGCAUCAGAGAUUAAACUUCAGAUUGUAGGAAAGAGCGAAGGUCUUUAAGAAAAAUAUCAGAUCAAGAAUAAUGAACAUUGUGUGAUGGUGAAUAAGUUUUUGGGCUAAGUGCAUGUCACGGUGAUCUUGAAAGUCUUUACUAUUUGUGCUUUUCUACUGGAUGUUGUGGCACUGCUCAGUGCAGAAAACUAACCAUGAUCCCGCAUGAUUCAUUUUUCCACUGCCAAGCAAGCUAUGCUGCAUCUAACAACCCGUGCUGAAUUUGUUUACUGUUCUUGCCCACAUACAGUGCAGGCCAAGUUGAUAUAUAUACAGAGAGAUGUCAAUUUAAAA